AUGGUCCAGCCGCUCUUUCCCGCGUUCCCUCAAGACGAUGAUAAACCCGCGCAGCGUCUCAGCGAGUACGAAAUCGAGGCUGAAUCCUCACUUAAACCCGGCGAUAAAACCGAUGAGGCGCUAAGCGUUCAUCGCGGGGCAAUCCGUGUACCUUCUCCGAAUCCGUCACUCAUAUCGAUAGACGAUGCGAAUGUUGUACGACUUGGUCGGAAUCCAGACUUUGCUCCUGUAUACCAUGAAGAAUAUGCUUUACGCUCAUCCGCCCCUCCGCGGACUCUCAAAGAGAAGAUCGACUUGUUUUGGACGGCGAACAAGGGAUUAGCGUACGUUUUGCUCGCUCAGUUCUUUGGAAACUUGAUGAACGUUACGACGAGGAUAUUGGAAAUGGAGGGAAACAGCGGUAAUGGCUAUCACCCAUUUCAGAUCUUGUUCGCAAGGAUGAGUAUCACCACGGCAUGUGCUUUAUUCUACAUGUGGUAUCGCAAGAUAGAACACUUCCCAUUCGGUAUGAAGGAAGUGCGCUCGUUGCUGGUAGCUCGAGGAUUGUUUGGCUUCUUCGGAGUCUUUGGCAUGUACUAUUCUCUGAUGUAUCUGCCUCUGGCCGAUGCCACCGUCAUCACAUUCCUCUCGCCAUCGCUCGCUUGCUGGGCGUGCUCCUACUUCAUCAACGAACCGUUCACCAGGAUGGAACAGAUAGCUGCAUACAUCUCGCUAUUCGGUGUGGUCUUGAUCGCAAGACCUGUCUCCUUAUUCUCUGCGCUAUCGCAUUCUAGCGACACGGUUCCUCCUGCCUCCGGGGGCUUGGAUACAAUUCCGACAAACACUACUGCAGCUUCGCCCAAUCGUCUCGCUGCGGACUACGAUGAUGUGACACCCACGCAACGAGCAGCAGCAGUAGGAGUCGCGAUGUUGGGUGUGAUAGGAUCAACAGGAGCAUACACCACCAUUCGAUGGAUCGGCAAGCGCGCGCAUCCACUCAUAUCCGUCACCUACUUCGCAACAUGGUGCACGAUUGUUAGUGUGGUGGCAAUGGCCGUUAUGCCAGGCGUCGGCUUUCUACUUCCCAAAGGUGUGAAAGAUUGGUCCUACCUACUCUUUUUGGGUAUCUGUGGGUUCGUCAUGCAAUUCCUCCUAGCCGCCGGCCUACAAUACGAGAAGUCUUCUCGCGCAACGAACAUGCUCUACAUGCAGAUGUUUUUCGCGCUUGGUUUCGACAAAUUGAUCUGGGGUACAACGCCGAGUGCCUUAUCCAUUGUUGGGUCGUCGCUCAUCCUGGGUUCGGCCAUAUACGUCGCAAUGAACAAGGAGCAGCCGAAGAAGAUAGCUGAGCCAACAGGGAGAGGGGAUAGCGAAGAAGAAAGGGGCUUGAUGUCGCCAGUCUUUGAUGCCGAACGAAGAGAGGAUGAGGACGCAGAUAUUCAGAUGCGACCGCUGAGAUGA